AUGCGGCGAGGUCUGCAUGGCCCGUGGAUUUCUCUGCUCCUCCUCGCACUCUCCUCUCCCAGCUGGCUGGGCGGCUCGAUGCCACGACAGCCGCGGCAGACCCGCCUCCAUGUCCGCCGCUUUGCAGCCCCUGAUGAGCUCCGAGGAUGGGUGCAAAGUUUCAUCUUGGACGGUCGGUUCUGUCCAUGGGCCACGAAAUCCAUGGCCGCCGGGGAGCUUCGCUUCGUGGAGAGUGCCGCCACGAGCCCCGAGGAGGCCGCAGGCAGCCUCGUUGAGCAGGCCCUGCAGCUCGAUCUGGCACCGCAGAAGCUUGCCUCGUCGCUGGUCAUCUUGCGCCAUGUGGAAGCUUUUCAAGAGUUCUUCGUUUUCGACGCGUACGUCAAGGCCUGGGAUCGCGGUCUCGCGGCUCCGAAGGGCACCCGCUCGGGCGUUUUGCUGCCAAGGGCCGAGGCGCUUUCAGAAACGACGGAAGAGCUUCUGAAGCGCUGCCACGAAAAGGUUCGGCUCGUCACUUUCCAUCCUGGCUUCUCGCGUUGGCCAAGUUUUCCUCGACCUCAUGCAGAAGCGCGUGCACGUGGACCCCUACUUCGCAGGCGAGCCUGCCACCAUAUUCCGACCUGGUCCUAA